AUGGACACUGGGGCAGCUAGGACAGUGCUGUCGUCAAGGGUGUACGAGGCUAUGAGUGAAGGAAGAAGGCCGAAGCUUGUGAAGUCCGGCAACCUCAGGGGAGCGGAUGGGUCGCCAAUUACUGAGUUGGGGAAGGCUGGGUUUCACAUGAAGCUAGGGCCAUACGAGUUGGAACAUGAAGUAGUGGUGGAUAUUGAGGAUGAGGCGCUGCUAGGAUUUGAUGUUCUGAUGGGCGGGAAGAAUGGACCAGCUGAUCUCCUGUUGAGUAUAGGGGUUAUAGUGUUGGAUGGGGUGGAGAUACCAUGCCGACAUGUAGGAGUAGGCAAGGGGCCUAGAAAAGUAACUGUCGCUGAUGAUGUACUAUUACCCGGUAGGACAGAAACGAUAGUGGACGUUUACGUUGAGAGGCAGACGCUUGAUGAUCUGGCUAGAGAUAGUGAAUUUUUGGUUGAACCUAGUGAAGGCUUCAAAGAACGAUACAAUUUGGUAAUGGCCUCCACUCUGGUGGAUAUUAAUAAUGGUCCUACAUGUAAGGUACGGGUACUGAACCAUUUCCCAGUGGAUGUGACUUUAAAGCAGGACGCACACGUCGGUGCUGCUGAGAGAAUAGUAAGAAUCGUGAGUGUUCUUGCUGAGAAAGAGCACGUAUGUGAGGAUGGCAAUUUGUCCAGGGUCCGGAGGGUUACCUGCAGGGACAGAGCGGGACCUAGUGCUGUCCUUAAAGAGGUGAAGCCUGGAGUGGGUGGGGUGCCAGCUCACUUACAGGGACUUUAUGAGAAGGCAGCAGGAGGUAAGAGUGAGUAUGAGAAAGGCAGAGUGGCGGAGCUCCUUGCAAAGCAUGGUGACAUAUUUUCCAAGGAUGAAUGGGACAUUGGCCUGACGGAUGUAGCCGAGCACGCAAUCGACACGGGUGACGCAGCAAAAAUCAAACAGAGGCCGAGGCGUGUGCCUUUAGCAUUUGCAGCCGAGAAGAAGUCUGCUAUAGAGGACUUAUUAAAGAAAGGUGUCAUUCAGAAGAGCACAUCGCCUUGGGCAAGCCCAAUUGUGUUUGUCAGGAAGAAGUCGGGGACUGUUCGACCCUGUGUAGAUUACAGGAAGGUGAAUGUGCUGGUGAAACAAGAUGGCUUCCCACUGCCUAGGGUACAGGACUGUCUUGAUGCAGUGGCAGGAAUGACACUCUUCAGCUCAUUUGAUUUGACCUCUAGGUAUUUUCAAAUCCCCUUAAAAAAGGAUGAUGUCCCCAAAACAUGCAAAUAUGGCCUGUUUAAGAUGACCGGAUGCCCUUUGGAUUAA